AUGGAAACUAAAACUGGUAUUGCAUUGUUGUAUGAUGAAGUAUCUGAAAAUGCCUAUGACAUCCGACUGAAGCUUACGAAAGAGGUACUAACAAUUCAAAAACAAGAUGUCGUCUGUGUUAGUGGAAGUGAUCACAGUGCAAAUCACAGAACUGUUACACUUCGUAGACAACCAGUUGGUGGCUUGGGCUUAAGCAUAAAGGGUGGUGCUGAGCACAAAGUGCCUGUCGUCGUAUCAAAAAUAUUUAAAGACCAAGCAGCUGACCAAACAGGAAUGUUAUUCAUAGGAGACGCAAUAAUACAGGUUAAUGGUAUUAAUGUAGAAAGUGCUACCCAYGAAGAAGUGGUACACCUACUGCGAAAUGCUGGCGAUGAAGUUACCAUCACUGUUCAGUACCUCAGGGAAGCUCCAUCAUUUUUAAAGCUCCCAUUAGGUUCCCCUGGACCAUCUAGUGAUCACAGCAGUGGAGCUUCAUCACCUCUCUUUGACAGUGGCUUACAUUUAAAUGGAAACUCAACUAACACGGCUCCAUCAUCACCUUCUUCACCUAUAGCUAAUGAACCAAAAUAUGAGAAGCGCUGGCUAGAUGCCCUAUCAGUUCCUCUAUCAAUGGCUCGAAUCUCGAGGUACAAAACUGGAACAGAUAAAUUAAGAUCUAAUGCAUUUGAAGUGCUGGCACUCGAUGGAGUUAGUACUGGGAUACUUCAGUUAUAUACAGCCCAGGAGAGUGCUGACUGGCUGAGAGCAAUAUCAACUAACAUCAGUGAUUUGACACUUCAAAAUAUGAAAAUGGCAAAUAAAUGCUGUUCUCCUUCAGAUCAGGUCAUACAUAUGGGAUGGGUAAAUGAGAGACUUGAAGGAACUGAUUCAUCUCAGCUCUACAAAUUUAAGUUUCUGGCACUGAAGGGUUCAUCCUUCUACAUUUUCAGCACUCCACCGGUAAGCACACUAGACUGGGUACGAGCUGAAAAAAUCUAUAACCUCUGUGAGGUUCUUUUUAAAAUUCACAAGCUCUGGCUUGCUGAUGAUUGCUGGCUACAAGCAAAUUUGUAUUUAGGUAUUCAUCAAGACCUGGAUCUUGAAGACCAGAGGCCAUAUUGUUUCAGUGUUCUGGUUGGACAUGGCAAGAGUCAUUAUUUCAAUGUAGAGCUUGGCAAUGAGUUGGCAGUGUGGGAGAAAUCGUUUCAAAGAGCAAUUUUCUUGGAAGUUCAAAGAACAGGGUCUAAAACAUACGUAUGCAGCUGGCAAGGGGAUACCCUGUGCUUUACAAUUGACUUUGCUCUUGGAUUUACAUGUUUUGAUAGUAAAACAAAGAAUGUGCUGUGGAGGUUUAAAUUUUCUCAGCUGAAAGGAUCAUCAGAUGAUGGGAAAACAAGAGUAAAGCUUCUCUUUCAGAAUCUAGACACCAAACAAAUUGAAACCAAGGAACUUGAAUUUCAGGAUCUGACAGCAGUUUUACACUGUAUUCACUCCUUUAUAGCAGCAAAAGUGGCAUCUGUGGAUCCAGUCUUUAUGGACAGCCAGAGUAUUGCAAGGAAAUAUAUGUACAGUAACUGAAAUCAGAUUAUUUGUUGUGAUUAUGAAAAAUAAAUUAUUUUCUUAAAGAAAGUAGCUAUUUCAUGCACAAUAUUGCAACUUUGUGAUUUUAUAAAAAGCCUAUAGUUGUGUUAUCUGUAAUGCUAACGUUCUUCACACUGUUCASCGCUUUUUAAUCUGAUGAGUUAA